UUUAUAUAUUUUUAUAUAUAUAAAUAUUUUAAAUUUUAUAAUUAAUUAAAUAUUGACUUAAAUAUUAUAUAUAAAUUACAAUAUAAAUUAUAAUCUUCGUCGUUAUUGACAAAUACAUAAAGUCGUAAAUUAUUAUUAAUCAAUUAAUAAUCAUAAAUUAUAAAAUGACAAUAAAUAUUGAUAUCAAAUUAAAGAGAGCUAGUAAAAUAUAUCACGAAGGGGAAAUAGUUGCUGGUUUUAUAUUACUGCAAACUAAUUCAGAUGUUAAACACGAUGGAAUAUUCUUGAGCAUGGAAGGUUCUGUUAAUUUACAGCUUAGUUCAAAAAAUUUUGGUAUUUUUGAAGCUUUUUAUAAUUCUGUAAAGCCAAUACAAUUAGUUCAAUAUACUUUAGAUGUUGCUCCAAGUGGAAAAAUACCAAGUGGUAGAACAGAAAUACCAUUUGAAUUACCAUUAAAACCAAGAGGAACUAAAUCUUUAUAUGAAACUUAUCAUGGAGUUUUUGUAAAUAUUCAAUAUUUUAUACGUUGUGAUAUAAAAAGAAAUUUUUUAGCAAAGGAUGUAAAUAAAUCUUUAGAAUUCAUAGUAGAGGAUAAAAUACCUCUUAAAAUACAAAAAGAACCUACUAAAUCAAUAUGUUUUAACAUUAUGCCAGAAUCUUUACAAAACACAAGAGAUAGAACAAAUGUACCUAGAUUUUGCAUUUCUGGAAAACUUGAUUCAUUAUAUUGUAAAAUUUCUGAACCUUUAACAGGAGAGGUGAUAAUUGAACAUUGUGAAGCUGUGAUAAAAUCAAUUGAAUUACAAUUAGUAAGAGUAGAAACCUGUGGUUGUGCAGAAGGAUAUUCUAGAGAUGCUACAGAAAUACAAAAUAUACAAAUUGGAGAAGGAAAUGUUUGUACAAAUUUACCUAUACCAAUAUAUAUGAUAUUUCCGAGAUUAUUUACAUGUCCUACAUUAAGUACAAGUAAUUUUAAAGUUGAAUUUGAAGUGAAUUUAAUUGUAAUAUUUGAAGAUGAUUAUUUAGUUACAGAAAAUUUUCCCAUAAUAUUAUCAAGAUAUUAAAUUUUAUAUAAAAAUAUAAUAUUUUAUAUAAAUAAUAUGUAUUAUUUACAAACUGUGUAUAUUUAUUACAAUAAAUGCAAUUUUAUGUUAAA